UCUUCCGCUGCCGGUGACUGAUCGUGAAGUGCCAACAAGAGCAGACGCAAAAAAGCAGAAGUUACAAAGGCACCGACAGCGUCUAGUGGCAUUUUGUACAAUACUAUAAAAUCCUAUAAAAUAAGACACCGAGGAAAACCGCAAAUCGCGUGAUCUAUCACAUUCAGGUGACCGAAAAUGGCUGUGAAUGUGUAUGCCACCUCCGUGACGAGUGAGAACCUGAGCCGUCAUGACAUGCUGGAGUGGAUCAACACGGCUCUGCAAAUGAACUUAACCAAGAUAGAACAGCUGUGCACAGGUGCUGCCUAUUGCCAAUUCAUGGACAUGCUGUUCGAUAACUGUCUGCCUUUGAAAAAAGUCAAAUUUGCUGCCAAGCUGGAACAUGAGUACAUUCAGAACUUCAAGCUUUUGCAAGUUGCCUUUAAAAAGUCUGGCGUCGAUAAGAACAUCCCGGUCGACAAACUGGUGAAGGGCAAGUUCCAGGACAACUUUGAGUUUGUGCAGUGGUUCAAGAAGUUCUUCGAUGCCAACUAUGACGGAGGUCACUAUGAUCCAGUGGCUGCGCGACAAGGCCAGGACCCCGUCUCCUCCACUACCCCUGCAGUAGCACAGAGCAAGCCCGUCAAAAAGGCCGUCAGUCAAGGUCCUCAGAGGCCACCUGUUGCCAAAGUAGCCCCCAAAAUGGUAUCCCCUGGUUCCAGAAAGACGGGGGCAGAAGCACAAGAACAGCAGGAAUUACUGCUGCAGGUUCAAGAACUUAAAGCGACCGUCAUAGACAUGGAGAAGGAGAGAGACUUUUACUUUGACAAGCUCAGGAGGAUUGAGAUGCUGUGUCAGGAGCAAGGAGAGGACGACCCCACACUGAGGAAGAUCAUCGACAUCCUCUAUGCCACAGAUGAGGGCUUUGUCAUACCGGGAGCUGAUGAGCAGGAAGAGCAAGAGGAGUUUUAAUUCUGAACAACUUACUUCGGUAUUCCUGUUUUUUACUCUCACCUCAAGAUCUCUUCUCACAUAAAGCCUGUCCUAACACAAUUCAGAAAUCCUCUCCUGACAAGUGGUCCUCAAAAUGUCCUCCUGCCAGAGUCCAUUCUUCUGCCUAUUAUUUGAAGUUGCAUCCUUCAUAACAAUCAUACAAUACAAGUCUGUUUUUUUUCCCCAUCGCAAACAGGGUGGGCGGGGUCUUUCUAGUUUUGAAGAUGGACUCCAGUGUGAUAAUGUGUUUAUCUCUCUGUAUGUGUAUGUAUGAGUGGCUGGAUUUGUCCCAAGAAAAAAAAAAUGAAUUCAUAAUUUCCCAACACAAGGUCAUAUGCUGCAACUGCUGACGUCGCAUUCGCCAUUUGCACUUAACGUUUCUUCGCUAAUAUUACAGCAAUGAAAUUUGGUUAGCAUUUUUUUUUUUUUACUAGUAGUCAAUUGGGUUUGCUUUUAAUUAUUUAUGACUUGGCAACUGUUCAAUCUCCAUGUUUUGUUUCAUCCAAAUCCAAGUUGUGUUUAUGCUUUUACACAUUUCCUUAUGGCAAAAGACCUUUAGGAUGCAUAAAUAGUACCUCGGUAUUUGAUUUCUUCCUCUUGCCUGGUUUAAAGGUGUUCUAACUUUUCUGACAGAAGUAGGACCUGCGACCAUUUUGCCUAGAAUAUUUCACAGUAUGGCAUUAAUCUUGUCUAGGUGACGUUGGGACUGUGGAGAGGCAAGUUUGCUCAUAGUAAGAAUGCAUGUUUUGCAAGAUGGUGGUUUUAGCAAUAAACCCCUGUUAUUGAAUAAAUGCAUGGUGAAUUUGUUUAAUGCCAUACUGUGGAACAUUCCAAAGAAAUUACAUCUCCAUGGAGAUGAACAGUUAACAGAAAAGUUACUUGUUGCAAGUUUGAAUCACCACAUAAUAGUUCUAGUUUUGGCUGCAUACAUUCAUGAGGCCUGAUUUCUGUCAAUUAAUUGAAAAGAAAUAUAUUGAGAAGCUUUUGCCUAAGGUGGGUGAUCUUUUUAAGGCAUUUGCACUGUCUACACCAGUGGUCCUUAAUAUGCGCUAAUGGACAUAGCUCUGUGGUACACUGUGAUUUUUGCCUUGUUAAAACCUAUUGAUGUCAAAACUGAUAUCUCAUUCUCAGCUGUAUACUGCCUUUGAACUUUUUGAAAAUUUCUAUAUUAAAAUAAAAAAUAACAAACUUUUAACAGUAAAAUGUGUUCAGUGUCAAGUGUACACAGCUCUUCUGCAAUGGCCUUAUUCAUAACCUGUCCUCUUUUUAUUCUAUAUUCUUUCAUAUUUUGGGCAAAUGUUUGUAUUGUAACUUUAAAAUGUGUUAAAAUAAACAAGUAUUUGGA